GCCGCGUCGAGAGCCGGCGAGGGCGAGGGCGAGGGCGAGGGCGAGGGCGAGAAAGAGAAGGAGGGUGGGGGGAACGAAGGCGAAGGCGAAGGCGAAGGCGUGCGCGUCGGCGCGAAGAUGGAAAAAGCGCGCAUCCGCGAGCUGAAGAGGCAGCAGAAGGCGGAGCUGGAGAAGAUGCGCGAGCAGCAGAACGCGGCGAUCGCGAAGGACACGACCGGCGGGAAGUGGAAGUACCUCAUGGCCCAGACCGAGGUGUUCUCGCACUUUCUCGCGGGCACCAAGGCGCACAACGCGCAGAAGGGCGGCCGCCGCGGCAAACAAGCUGAAGACGCGGAGGACGCGGAGCUCGUGGAACAGGCGGAGGAGUACCACGCGGUGCGUCUCACCGUGCAGCCGGAAUGCAUCAAGUUUGGUAAGAUGCGCGAGUAUCAGCUCGCGGGGUUGAACUGGAUGAUCCGCCUGUUCGAUCACGGCAUCAACGGCAUCUUAGCCGACGAGAUGGGCCUCGGGAAGACGCUGCAGACGAUCUCUCUGUUGGGAUACCUGAGCGAGUACCGAGGGAUCACGGGACCGCACAUGGUCGUCGUCCCGAAGUCCACGCUGGGGAACUGGAUGAACGAGUUCAAGCGGUGGUGCCCGAUGAUCCGCGCGUUUAAGUUCCACGGCAACGCGGAACAGAGGCAGGCGCAGAAGGACGAGUACAUGCACGCGGGCGGUUUCGACGUGUUGGUGACGUCGUACGAGAUGAUCAUCAAAGAGAAAAACGCGCUGAAGAAGUUUCACUGGCGAUACUGCAUCAUCGACGAGGCGCAUCGCAUCAAGAACGAAAACUCGCGUCUGUCGAAGACGAUGCGGAUGUUCUCGUGCAACAACCGGCUUUUGAUCACCGGGACGCCGCUGCAGAACAACCUCCACGAGCUCUGGGCGCUUUUGAACUUUUUACUCCCCGAGGUGUUCGGCUCCGCCGGGCAGUUCGAAGAAUGGUUCGGCACCGGCGAGGAGGGCGCGGAGAACGUCGAGGUCGUGCAGCAGCUGCAUAAAGUGUUGAGGCCUUUCCUUCUGCGUCGUCUGAAAGCGGAGGUGGAGAAGAACCUCCCGCCGAAGAAGGAGAUGAUCUUGAAGGUUGCCAUGAGCGACAUGCAGAAGGACUACUACAAAAAGGCGCUGCAAAAAGACAUCGAAGUCGUGAACCGCGGCGGCGACCGCUCGCGGCUUUUGAACAUGGUCAUGCAGCUGCGCAAGUGCUGCAACCACCCGUACUUGUUCCAAGGCGCGGAGCCCGGACCGCCGUACUUCACCGGCGAGCACAUCAUCGAAAACUCCGGGAAGAUGGUCCUCCUGGACAAGCUCCUGACGCGGCUGAAAGAAAAAGGCUCGCGCGUGCUGAUCUUCUCGCAGAUGACGCGUCUGCUCGACAUCCUCGAGGAUUACAUGAUCUACCGCCAGCAUAAGUACUGCAGGAUCGACGGGAACACGUCCGGGGAGGACCGCGAGAACGCGAUCGACGGGUACAACGCCCCCGGGAGCGAAAAGUUUGCGUUCCUCCUCUCCACGCGCGCGGGCGGCCUCGGCAUCAACCUCGUCACCGCGGACACGGUGAUCAUCUACGACUCGGACUGGAACCCGCAGAUGGACCUCCAGGCGAUGGACCGCGCGCACCGCAUCGGUCAAACGAGGGAAGUCUCCGUCUUCCGCUUCUGCACGGACAUGAGCGUCGAGGAGAAGGUGAUCGAGAAGGCGUAUAAAAAGCUCGCGCUCGACGCGCUCGUGAUUCAACAAGGCCGACUCCAGGAGAACCAAAAGAACCUGAACAAGGACGAGCUUCUGCAGAUGGUUCGAUACGGCGCGGACAAGAUCUUCGACGGCAGCGGCACGGGCACCACGAUCACGGACGAGGACAUCGACACGAUCAUCUCCAAGGGCGAGGACGAGACGAAGAUGUUGAACGAAAAGAUGGCCGGGUUCACCGACAAGGCGCUGAAGUUUUCCAUGGACGCGGACGCGAGCCUGUACGAGUUCGAGGACGAGAAGCCCCAGGACGAGAACUUCGAGGGGUUGGACAUGAAAGCUGUCAUCUCCGCGAACUGGAUCGACCCCCCGAAGCGCGAGCGGAAGAAGAACUACAACGAGUCCGAUUACUACCGCGACGUCAUGGCGCAAGCGCCGCGGCAGCAGAAGGCGUCCGGGCCGAGAAUCCUGAAGCUUCAGAACAUGUCCGAUUUCCAGUUCUACGACGUCAAGCGCACGACGGAGCUGUACGACAAGGAAGUCGCGCGGAAGCAGUACGAGUGGCAGCGCGCGAGGCAGCUCGAGGACCUCCAGAACAACGCGGUCCCGCAGGAUCUCCCUCCCGAGGCGCCGAACGACCCGAAGCCUCUGAGCGAGGACGAACGCGCAGAGUACGAAAAGCUCCUCAACGGCGGGUUCUCGAACUGGAACAGACGCGAUUUCCAGGCGUUCUGCCGCGCGUGCGAGAAGUUCGGCAGGGACGACGUCGAGGGGAUGGCGUCCGAGAUCGAGGGGAAGACGAUCGCGGAGGUGAGAGAGUACAACACAGUGUUCUGGGAGCGUUACAAAGAGAUCAGCGAGUGGCAGCGAAUCAUCGGAAACAUCGAACGCGGGGAGAACAAGAUUCAGCGCCAGAACGACAUGCUGAAGGCGGUCAGGAGGAAGAUCGAGAUGUACAAGAACCCGUGGCGGGACCUCAAGAUCUUAUACGGCGCGAACAAAGUGAAGUCGUACACGGAGGAGGAGGAUCGGUUCAUGCUGUGCAGCAUCCCGGAGGUUGGGUUCGGAAACUGGGAGGAGCUCAAGGCGCAGAUCCGACAGCACUGGCUGUUCCGAUUCGACUGGUUCAUCAAGUCCCGGACGCCGAAGGAGCUCUCCCGGCGCGUGGAGACGCUCAUCAACCUCGUGGAGAAGGAGUUCGAGGAGGUGGACGGGAAAAAGCGGCCGGGCGGCGGCGGCGGCGGCGGCGGCGGCGCGGCGAAGAAGGCCAAGGCGUGAGCGAGCGCGGGUGGCGAGGAGGAACCCACUCGUCGCGGCGCGGUUGGUCGUCUUCGAUUCGAACCGGGCGCUCAUUACCGCGCACGGAGCACGACACGACGCGCGCGCGCGCACGACGCGCGACCGCGCGGACGAACGAAACGAACACGAUUGUAACGAUGCAAAUAAAGUUCAAAUG